AUGAUCAGCUGAGUCCCGCCGACGGCGACGACGGCGACGACAACUCGACGGACGUCGAUUCUCACCUCGUCUCCACAACCAACCAAAUCCGCCUCUCAUUACACUCCUCGGCGUGAUGUCAGGCGUGUCUCGCAGCAUGUCGGCCAUCCCGCCAGAGGAGCUGCCCAUCCUAGAGUCCCUCAUCAACAUUCGCAACCGACUAACGGCACUCAAGAAGAACUCGUCCGAGUUCAUUCGAGCUCAGGACGUACAGACGCUCUACCAGGCAGUCAUCAAGCAGGUGACCAAACUCAAUGCCGUUCGAGAUGAACGUGAGGCCAGCGAAGUCUCGUCUCGUAGCGGGCAAGCUUCCACAGCGCCGUCGACCGAAGCCACGCCCGCCUCAUCGACAUCGUCGUGCAACACAUCCACUCGCACCGACGUCGAUACCUCUGCCACUCAACACAAUCGCGUUGACACCACGCUCCAAGACGUCUUCAGCCUCCUCUCCCUCUUCUUCCUCACCAUCGGCAAGAGCAGGGAGACGCCGGCUACUUUCAGCCAGCUAGGUAGCAUGAAGCAGCUACUCGAUCACAUGGCAGAGUCGGGCAUUUACACAGAGGCAGAUCUUGAACCAUUCGAGAAGCGUCUGAGCGAGCUGCGUGAGAUCAUCAGGAGAGACUCGGAUCAAGGCAAGCACCCCGCACAGCUCACCAAGUUAAUGAUGAGGAGGCUCGAAGGAUGCGCCAAGGUCCUCCAACAGCUGCAAGGCACCCUCUCUGUACUUUCCGUCGAGCUCGUCCCAAUCCACCAGAAGCUCGUAUCAAUCCGCCGCCAGAUCGCAGCAGCCGCAGCAAGACCCAAGCCUGCCCGUCAAGAGAUUCGCAAGCUCCAAGACGAGCUGCGAGCUAUUGAUGGCAAGCGUGUCGACGGUAAAUUCUUGGGACCUGGAGGCUCCUCCGUCCCAGCCGGCCAGGCCAUCCUCGUCGGUCUUCUCGAGGAAUGCUUCGAAAUCUGCCACGACGUCGUCGUCCGCAACGACGAGGUGCCUAUGACCCUUCAGCCCAUCUACGACCGCCUCAGCGGCAUCAAAGGUCAGCUGGAGCACCUCGUCCUCACCCACCGAUGGACGCUCAGAGAGACAGAUCUGUGGAAUUACCAAGUAACGCUCAAGGAAAUUGACAGGCUGAGGGUGGACGGCAAGUUUGUCGACUCCGAGGGCAAGCAGCCUGAAGGGCAGCUCGUCUUGCUGUACCUCCUCAGGCGAUGCUACGGUCUCAUCUACCGCCUAGUGGCUUCGAGUGAACCAAUCAGCGAGGAGCUGAUGCCGGUAUCCAAUAAGCUGUCGACGGUUUCCAAGUGCCUCAAGGAGGUGUCAAAGUAUGGCGGACCUUUCACGAUGCGCGACCUCUAUCCUUACCGCCUCGCCCUUCACCAGAUCGACAACCUCAAAUCGCCUGUGCUGGACAAGGACGGCAAUGACACUGGGGUGAGAAAGUGGCUCGGUCGAGACGGGUCAGUGCCAGAGGGGCAGGCCAUUCUCAAAGCCCAAUUCGAAGAGGUCGAGCAAACGAUCAACGAAAUGCUCAAUCAGGAGGAAGAGUCGGACGACGACGAUGAAGAGGGAGCAGAGGGAUCGGAGGGAGAUUGGGGUGCUGGCUCAGAUAUCUCAGGCUCCGUUUCAGAUGAUGCCGGUGUAGCUUCGGACUCAAUGGGCUUCAACAGCGGCGUGCAGUCGCGCGACAUCUCGAUGCCUGCUAGCCCCUCCGGCGAGGUAGCCAGCCCAGGAGUUUCUGGCCUAUCAAGCGCCCUUCUCACUGCUGGCUACGGCUUCUCCGGAAGCAACUCCCCUACUACUCCUCAUACUGCUAAGCCCAAUGUAGCAGAAACAUCGGCCCAGGCAUCGCCUUCCGUCGCUCCUCGCCCGCCGGAGGAAUUGUCCCCGGCAUCUGGAUCCACUUCUACCGCAACGACGAUCAGCCCUGGCCUCUCGAGCAAUCCUUUGCCCCCUGGAGCAGCUACUUUGGCAGUACCUCGACCAGGUCAGACGUCUUUGACUGCCGCGGCCGUAUCCUUGGAUGCAAUGAGCGGGGCCGGAUCAUCUCCGCCAACCCACGCGGCAGCAUCCAACGGCCUGUCCCCGCCGAUGGCUCCACAUCAAUGGGCUCACCUGCGGGACAGCGCCCCCUCGACAGCAGCGAUCAGCUCAACGGGCGCAUCAGCAGCGAGCAGCAGUGGCGAGUCGACAAACACAACAGCGGCAGCGGCGGCAGGCAACGCACCUAGCAAGGCUUCCGUUCCCGCCCCCGCGGCACCGGUUCCGAUUGAGCAGAAAGCGCAGCAUAUCUGCUCGCCAGGAGAGGCUGGCAUGUCGCCUGGGUCGCUGGAAGGGGAGAGUAGAGUCGAGGUGGCUAAGCAGCUUGAGGCGAAGCUCAGGCUCGAGGACUCGUGAGAG